AACCGCCAAUAAACCCCACCGAAGAAUAAGAACAAGGAAGAGGUGUUUCAAUUGGCAAAGAGAUAGGGAACGUGGCCUUAGCAAAAGAGAACGUUCUUAAGUGAGAAACGACCAGUCUUCAUAGAUCGAAAACAGUGUACACGUCUCAUUUGGGUUGGACAACUUGCAAACAUGGCGGAUGUUGAUCAAGGAUCGGUCUUACCCAGCGAAACUUCACCUCUUAUUCUGGACGGCCUGAAUGCUACCGACUCAAAUGGUACCGACGCUGUCAACGCGACUGUGGCCAAGUUUGUGGCGACACCGGAGGGAACGGCACUGGCAUAUGGCAGCCUUGUUUUUAUGGCUCUGUUGCCAAUCUUCUUCGGUGCACUGCGGUCAGUCAACUGUGGCAAAAGCAAGGUUGCUGGAGAAAAUGGUUGCGAUUAUGAGUACAGAAACUCCUCAGACAUGCCAGAGACCAUCACAGGCAGAGACGCUGCACGGUUCCCCAUAAUCGCCAGCUGCACCCUCUUUGGCCUCUACCUCUUCUUCAAAAUUUUCUCACAAGAGUACAUCAACUUGCUGCUGUCAAUGUAUUUCUUUGUCCUGGGGAUUUUGGCACUGUCUCAUACAAUGAGUCCCUUCAUGAACAGGAUCUUCCCUGCGAACAUUCCCAUCAAGCAGUACCAGCUGCUCUUCACUCAGGGCUCAGGAGAGACCAAAGAAGAAAUUGUCAACUAUGAGUUUGACACCAAGGACAUGAUCUGCCUGGUCAUCAGCACUGUGGUUGGGGUCUGGUAUAUCCUCAAGAAGCACUGGAUUGCCAACAACCUUUUUGGCCUGGCGUUCGCCCUGAAUGGGGUGGAGCUUCUGCACCUAAACAAUGUCAGUACUGGCUGCAUCCUGCUAGGGGGGCUGUUUGUGUAUGACGUCUUCUGGGUGUUUGGCACCAAUGUCAUGGUUACCGUGGCCAAGUCAUUCGAGGCACCCAUUAAGUUGGUGUUUCCCCAGGACCUGUUCGAGAAGGGUCUAGGUGCCAAUCAAUUUGCCAUGCUGGGUCUUGGCGAUAUUGUCAUUCCAGGUAUCUUCAUUGCUUUACUUCUCCGCUUUGAUGUCAGUCUGAAGAAGAACACCAGGACCUACUUCUACACCAGCUUCCUGGCGUACAUCUUUGGCCUGGGUAUGACCAUCUGGGUCAUGCACACCUUCAAACAUGCCCAGCCUGCCUUGCUGUACCUGGUCCCAGCCUGUAUUGGAUUCCCGGUGGUUGUAGCUCUGUUGAAAGGAGAACUGACAGAGAUGUUCAGCUAUGAGUCCUCAGAGGAGGUGUUGCCACACACACCCCGGCUCACACACUACCCCACCGUGUCAGGCUCUCCCGCCAGCCUGGCUAACUCAAUGCAGAGCUCCUCCUCGCCACGCCGGCGACGCAACAACCCACCUAUGUAGUGACCAGAUCACCUCUCACCCGGGCAGGUACGAGGAAGUCUCUCCGGAAGAUGCUGCAGCGAAAGAAGAGACCACAGAGGCUGAGAAAAAAGAUAAAUGACGACACAGUUUCCACGAGCUCGUCCAUCACUGGCUGCCACCACAUUUCACAUCAGCCCACCUCUCUACACAUCCUGGGAGGGUGUUCAUGUUUCCCAUGUUCCGUGCUGUACAUGGAAAUGGCUGAUUUAUUAAAUAACUGUUUUGACUUUGGGAUAUUUUGUAGUUCAAAAGUGGUUUGUUACACAAAUUGUACAACAGCUUAUCCGGUGCCUAUGUUUUUUUUUUUUUUUUAUUUCAUUUGAAAGGCCAGAAUUUUAAAAUGGAAUAAGUGUUUUUUGAGGGGGGUUCUGAGAUAUCACAGGAAGCUGAAAAUUAUUAUUAUUAUUUUUUAAAUUGUCAAACAUUUUACUCUCCCAGCCUGAUUUAUUUGUAAUGAUUGUCUAGUUUGAUCUCUGUACCAAGUCCAUUCUUGGUUUUGAUAUACAAAUGCCUUUGUCAUAGAGAAUGUGAAGUAUAAUAGGAUGGUGUUAGGGACUCGGGAGAUGAGUUUACGAUUGUGUCAUACACGCUUUACAUGGAAGUUAACCUUUGUCAUGGAACUCGACCAUUGGUAUCUAUGUGAAUGGCACCUGGCUUCUCUGGUCUGGAAGUCUUUGGCUUCAACAAAGACACCUAACUAUGUACUACUGUACUAGUCUCAAUGUAUAAUUGUGCCAAUUUAGUAAUGUGUGUAAUUACAUGGUACCUGACAUGUUGGUCAGUAUAGUGGUAAUAAUAGCUCAGAGUUCAGAUUAUAGCAUUAAGAAGUAACUGAACUUGGGCAAUCGAUCACAUUUUGAUAUUUUUAUGCACAUUUGCUAUGACACUACUAUUUACGUGAGUCAUACUCUGUCAUAUCAAAUCAGAGAAGUCUGUUAUAUGGAAACUAUAUUUAGUAUUGUAGUUAGAGGUCCCAUGCAGUGACUGAAAUGUACCUGCAGGUGGAGACAGUGUCAAAAGAACCAUGUCCUCAGAGAGGAGACCAAAGGACCAAAUAAUUCCUCUUCUUGCUUUAGGUUGUAACUGCUUUGCUUUAAUAAUAUAUUUUCUUUCAGGCCUUUUGCAGUUUGCCGCAGUGUGUUUCAGGUUCAGAAAAACAGGAAGAAGCUUUUUUGUUUUAGGGCUUUAAGAUUGAGCAGUUUUGUAGAAAUGUGUUUUGGUAAAGAUCAUGUCCACACUCUGCCUGGUGAAGUUCAGUAACCCUAUCAUUUUAAAGAAAUGUACCUUUUCUCUUUUCUCUCCUAUUGUACUUGUGCAAGUCAAAGUUUAUGAGCCUGUGUUCAGGAGCCGAUAUCUAUUUUGUUUGCAAUAAAUGUUGGCGUAUAUCACCGUAGAGAACCAUAA